AUGGAUAUUCAAUUUGUGUUAGAUCCCUACUCUUGUGCUUCUUAUAUGACAAACUAUAUUACAAAAGUUGAUGCAGGUCUGAAUAAAUUACUAAGAGAAGCGGCGUUAGAUAUUCAAAACGAAGCCGUUUAUCAUUGUUUAUCAAUGCCAUUAACUAGAUGCAGUAUUGCCGAAGUUUAUAUAAACACCGUUCCUUCUGAACAGCGUGUAAGGAUGUUAAAAUCUAAAUCAGAAUUAGAAAAUUUAAAAAAUGAUUCCACUGAUGUGUUUUAUCAAAAUAUUUUUGAGAGAUAUUCUAAAAGAGACAAAAACUUAGAAUCAAUUUGUUUGGCUGAAUUCGCGGCAAAUUAUAAACCAAAAAUCAAAAAAGUGAAUCAAAAUUAUGAAAGUAGUGAUGAUGAUAAUGGCACUGAUAAAGAUGAUAACGGAGAUGAUAUCGAUACAGAAUUGACGUAUGAUGAAAUCAUUGAAAAGGCAGUUCAAGAAGUUGAAAAUUAUAAUGAGUCUGACAAUGAAAUUAAUAAUUCUAGUGUUCCAAUUCGUCAAAAUUACGAAGUAGAUAUUAUCGGUCAAUCCAAUGUAAAUGGUUAUUCCUACAAUCAAAAAACGAGAAUCACUUGUCCAACUCUAGUAGAAAAAGAAAUAAUUUCUGCUGGAGUUGGCAAAAGCAAAGUGAUAAAUUGCAUUUAUCAAUUGGUAUCACACUACUUUAAUCAAAUUCCGGGAAUAAAUAAAGACACUCCUAAGGUAAUGUUAUGUGCAUUGUCAGGAAAAGCAGCUUUCUUAAUUAAUGGCUUAACAUUACAUACGGCAUUUGCUUUACCUAUUUCAAAAUGUAACCAAAGUAUGCCUGAUUUAUCAUCUAGUAUAGCAAAUACUAUUCGCGAAAAAAUGAUUGACGUAAAAUUAUUAGUAAUAGAUGAAAUAUCAAUGGUUGGUAGUACACUUCUAUCCCGUAUCGAUACACGGGCAAGACAAAUUACUGGAGUAGAUCAAAGUUUUGGGGGAAUGUCAGUUCUUGCUGUCGGUGAUCUGCAUCAACUUCCACCUGUUAUGGAUAGACCAAUAUACAUGCCAGCAAACAAAAUUAUGCGUCAAAAAGAUGACAAAUUUUUUACCCAGGCACUUUGUAAUUUGGCUAUGGGAAAAUUAACUGAACAAGAUAAACAACUUUUUUCGUCAAGAUUAGUAAAAAAUGAGAAUGAGCCGAAGCAAUUACAAUUCAUAAGAGUCAAGGACAAACGUAUGAUAAAGUGUGCGUAG